AUGCUAGCCAUGUUCUUCCAACUGAAGCAGGGAGAUGGAGGGACAUCUCUAUUUGACACAUACUACAUUACUUUUGUGAUCCUUAUUGUUGUUUUAAUCCUUUACGGCGGAUUAUUGAUUGGCGGUGCAUACAUACUACAAGCUCACCUUAAUUCAGAUUUGGCAAAAUUCAUAACCAAGAUUAGCCUCUUUCUUGGAACUCUUGCCUUGGUUUUGGAAUUGAUGAUCCUCGUUCCACAUUUAGGGUUCGCUGCCCUUGUCUUCUGGAUCGUUUGCUUUAUGAGCUUUGUAGCUCUGCACUCAUGGGUAUACAUGAAAACAUUGUAUAAAAGUGCAUUUGCAGGAGUUGUUUACGGCUUUGAAAAGUUAAAAGAAUAUGUGAACAUGAUCUUCGCAAGCUUCACAGUGAAAGCCGAGGAACAAACUGAGUUACCAUAA